UUCCUCCUCUCCCCCUCCCCUCGCCCUCCCCAUUCACCCAGUCGCGCUUACGGGGCGCCGACCGCGUGCAGAGCACCGUACUGAGCGCCCGGGGGCUGGACUAGACGCCCUCCUGCUGCCCCUCUCCUUCCCCUCGCCCCCCUCAUUCACCUCAACGACCGCGUGCGGGGCACCGAGCGGCCUGAGGGCCUGAGGGCCGGCCUAGGCGGCCUCCCCGCGGCCCCGGCCCCCGGCGCCUCCUCCCGGCGGGCCUCCCGGCGUGAUCCGGCCAUGUCGAAGCUGCGGGGGGCCCCCCGGGCCCUGCGGAGGGUAGAGGCGGCCGGUGUCAUCCGCUCCGUCGUCAGGGCGGGACAGGCCCGACCGGGACCCCCCCUGGGACCCAUCCUCGGACAGCGCGGGCUCCCCAUCGCCCAGUUCUGCAAGGAAUUCAACGAGCUCACCAAGGACUACAAGGAAGGCAUACCUCUUCCCACCAGGAUCUUUGUGAAGCCGGACCGGACGUUUGAGAUCAAGAUCAAGCCACCCACGGUCUCCUACUUCCUGAAGGCGGCGGCCGGGAUAGAGAAGGGAGCCAGGAAUACAGGGCGCGAAGUGGCCGGGCUGGUGACCCUGAAGCACGUGUACGAGAUCGCCCUGGUGAAAGCGCAGGACGAAGCCUUCCUCCGACAGGAUGUCCCCCUGGUCUCCGUCGUCCGCUCCAUCAUAGGCAGCGCCCGCUCCCUCGGAAUCCGCGUCGUCAGAGACCUGACUGUGGAGGAGCUGCAGGCCUUCCAGGAGGAGCGGGCCCUCUUCCUAGCCGCCCAGGAGGCCAGAGAUGCCGAAGCCCGGGCCGAGGCUGCCAAGAAGUGACCGGGCCCAGCCCGGCCCCACCCCGGCCGUCGGAGGCUCCUCUCCGUGGGAAGGAAGCGGGACGCGGUGUCUCUUCAUUUUGUACUUAAUAAGUGUCUGAUCCCA